GAGACUGAAGCUUCUAGAACAGCAUGACCCUAAUUACCGGCGGCUCACUGUACGCGGACUGCUGGGCCGCGCCAAGAGGGUACUUUCCUUAACAAAGGCUGAAGACAAAAUAAAGAACAUUAAAGAAGCGAUGGAGGUAUUCGAGAAUUGGCUGGCGGAACUGGACGCGGGCAAGGAGAAGAAACCGGAUAAGAAGAAGGAAGAAAAGAAGGCACAAAAGAAAGAAGACAAAGAUUCCAGCUCAGACGUGGAAAUGGAGGACAAAGAAGAGAAGAAGCUGCCAGCGGACAAGGUCCAAGGGCUGGGCUUCAAAGACAAGGAGGCUGCAGAAGGGACCCUCAAAGCUCUGGAGGGGCGCGACCCCGACUACCAGCAGCUGGCCGUCAAGGGGCUGCUUGGGAGCGCCAAGCGGGUGCUUACUUGCACUCGGGACGAGACCAAACUCGCCAACAUCAAGGAAGCCAUGUCCAUCCUGGAGAAGUUCCUGGACGAUUUCGAUACUAAACACCUGAGCAAGCAGAACAACGCAUACUUGAGUCUGGGCAUCGUCAGGACUGCGGAGAAGUCAGCUGGUGACGCCGUUACUGAGCAACAGAGAGCCUUCAUAGCAGCUUACAGCUCUGUCAACGGCGAGUACAAGCGCCUGCGCACCGUAGAGGAGGAGGAGGGAGGCAAGACCUGGGACAUCGUGAGGAACGCUGCGCUGAAGGAUCUGAAGGAGAAGCACGCUAACGCAAAACUCUUCAACGACAAAGACGAGCCUACCGCCGAACACCUGGAACUCCUGCUGUGGGCCUACUCACCUGAAGCGGCCAAGGUCAAGAAGGUGGUGCCAGAGACUAAAGAGCCCAAAGAGGACCGGAAGAGGAAGAGCAGCGGCGGUGACGAAACUCCUAGUAAAAAGAAAAAAGAAUAACGGCAAGGUUUUUGAGCAAGAUAAUUGUUUUUUUUUAAGGGGGGGAACAAAUAUAUGAUUUAAUAAUGACGUUAUUGUGAGUGCAGGCAUUUAAACUGGCGUGAAAGUAGGAAUUACAUUUUGUUAAGUCCGUCUUAAGCUCUGGUUUCCUAGGACGGUGCUGUCAUAUAGCGGCCGUCUCCAUACAAAAUCAUGAAUCUAAUAUUUAACUGGAUCAGGCAUGAGGGGUGGGGAGAAAAACUAACUAGGCUGUUGGUUACGAAAAAAAAAAUACUAACCGUCCACCUAGGUGGACAGACUGGUUUGUCGGCUAGUGACAGACGAAUGACCGAACAGGAUAGUCUUAUGUAUCUUUCAGUAAGAGUAGCAGCGAAAGAGCUAUUAUUGUUUGUCCUUGUCACAGUUUCACAUAUUUUUUGUUCCCCACCUUUUUUUUAGUAUGGAUAAUGGUGGGCAACAAAUAAAUUCGACCAAUCAUAGUGACGCAUUGCGUAUGUUUUGUCCCUUCACGGACGCACGCGUAUAGCACAUCUCUAUAGACAAUACUACUCCAUGAACUCCAUCCAUAUUUAGCCGUAUUAUUUUGUAUGGAGACGGCCGCUAUAUUUUUUGAGAAUGACCCAAAAUGUUAAAUAUCAAGUAAAUUACACAAUAUUUUGUGAGGAUUUGUUACUUUAGCAUUAAACAUGGUUUUCACGAGCAUUUACAUUUACACUGUAUUUUACGAAUCAUUGAAUAAAAAGUGUUAACAUUG